UUGUAAUACAACAUGAACUGUCUCUAUCCUAGUGCAUUGCAGGCAAUUGGGGUAUGAUUCCCAGCUAUUCCUGACAAAUGCCCAAGCUGAUCAGGAUAAACUAGGAGAGGUAAUAAGAGUGAGAAGCCUACUUGUCUGCCUUCCUGCUUCUAUCAAGAUGCAUUUGGGACAUAAAAGUCUUCUAAAUGCAUAAAUAAGUGUGGAGAGUCUCAGGGAGUUGUUCUGCCUAUGUUCCUCCCUCACUCAUCAGCAUUUGCAUGUCUUGCUGUGCUUUUUAUCUGUAUGCACCUACAUGUCUAUCCUGCCAGGAAAGGCCAGGCAAGCACUGAACACAAUUCCCUAUCUGCCCAGCUGAUAACAAGGAAAAGGUUAUCUCUGAUUAGUGUACAUCUCCAAGUUCUCCACCAAGAAAGGCCUCUAUCCCCUCCUGCUGCUAAUUGGGGAGAUAGCCAGAAAGAUGCUCAUGUCCACCUGGAGGUAUAAAAAGGACUCAGCUACACUGAGAGAAGCUGGCAAAAGGCAGUUGUGCUGUCGCAGGAAACCCAAUUCCCACCUUGCAGAGCUCUCAGCCAUGCCCAAGUUCCUCCUGGCUCUGGUGCUUGGAGUGCUGCUCUCAGAGAAAUGGCUGGUGAGUGAAGCCAGGACCCCUCCUUAUGGUGUCAAGCUGUGUGGCAGGGAGUUCAUCCGUGCUGUCAUCUUCACUUGUGGAGGAUCCCGCUGGAGACGAGCAGGAAAUCUCAGCACUCUCCUUGGGGGAGAUCCUGCAGAAGCAUUUGAUGCAUCAUUAUCCAAUGAAUGGAAUCUAGUGCAUUCCUCCCAACAGGAUCCUUCUGACAGUUAUGGGAGCUGGCAAGGUCGGCAGAGCUAUGCCCUCUCCGAAGAGCCCUGGUCUUUGGAUCGCGGAGCCCGGGAUGUUAUGGAAAGCCUGAGCAAUGCCUGUUGCAAGUGGGGCUGCAGCAAGCGUGAGAUCAGUUCUUUAUGUUAGGUAGCGGUUUCCAUUUACCACAUGUGUUCCUUGGUUAAAAAAUAAAAUAAA